AUGACCGUUAAUCCGACCAACCACCCUCCCAUCUUCUCGAGCCCCUACAACGAUGGACGCACAGAGACCGCGCUCCUCCACAAUUCCGGCAUGUUCCAAAGAACGCCCGGCGUGUUCUGCAUGCAUACAAGGCGGCGUUGCAUGUCGCUACAGUGGAAAGAUAAUUCGUUCACCCCUAACUCGAAGCGACUCCAGGACCUCGAAGCGCUAUUUGCUCGCCUUCACCCUGGUCUAGAUCUCGAAACAGCCUUAUCUUUGGGUCCCGAACGAGUAAAGACUGAGGCAACGGCAGUGGUACAGCCAACUCCGGCGCCACAAAAUGACCUCUCGUACGCAAAUGAAGACAACCUUGGACUCGUCUCCGACCUAGCUCCGAACGAGAUCAAGGACUACGACUGGACAGAGGAUACAACUUCCCUGGACGACAUCGCUGACGGCAUGGCGGCGUUACGUAUUGAACCGAAUGGUGCUGGAUAUAUAGGUGCCACGUCCGGGGUGGUCUUCUUACGGUCACUGCUGUAUUGGGUCGGCAAUCCCGCCAUCCUGACCCGGUCCCAUCUUCGACCUCCGGAGAUGUCUGGACAGAGUCCAGAGUCUCUGGAUGGUUCGUGGCGCUUUUCGGAAGCUUCACUCUCCCAGCAGAUUAAGACCAAGCUCGUGGACUCUUACUUCGCAAACUACCACGUCUCAUACCCCUUUGUCCACGAGGCAACCUUUCGGGCUCAGUAUUACGAGCUGAUUCCACGGCCCCAGCAGAGCUCCUGGAAUAUGCUUUUCUACACCAUCCUCGCGCUUGGGUCAUGGACGUCGGUUCACGACCGCACUGAGCUCGACGACCAACUUUACCAACGCGCUACCUCUCUCGCCAAAGAUGAAUCCAUGUUCGAGUCCGCCAACCUCACCAUCGUGCAAGCGUUGGUCUUGCUAAGCAAUCUCAGCCAGAAGCGAAACAGACCAAACACAGGCUGGAAUUUCCUGGGACUUGCCACACGCAUGGGAUUGAGUCUCGGCCUGCACUGUGAACACCCCAGCUGGAAUGUCCCAGUUCUACAGCAGGAGAUGCGCCGGAGGGUUUGGUGGGGCCUUUUCAUGUUUGACAGCGGCGCGUCAACUACCUUCGGGCGAGUCAUCUUACUGCCUGACCGUAGCACCAUGAAUGCCAAAUACGUCUUGAACAUCGACGACGAGCUACUAACAGCCAGAACCGCCAUUGCCCCUUCCGAAUCGCCUCACCCAACCAUCUAUUCCAGCAUGAAAGCACAGGCAGAUUUCCAUGUGCAGUCAAACUAUAUUUCCAAUCGUCUGCUGUUGAACAGAUCGAUCUCUGCCGAGGAAGCGCUUGGAAUGGUCGCAAGUCUCGAUCAAUGGGCGACUACGUUACCCUGGUAUUUUCAAAUCCAGGAGGAAGUGUCCUACUUCGAGGAGUGGUACCUAUUCGCCAGAUCCCGCCUGUGGUGGCGUUUCUGGAACCUGAAAAUAAUACUCCUUCGCCAACUCCUCCUGCGACAAGCCGUGAACUUCGGUGGGCAGUCUCCGUAUUCAACGGCAGCAUCCAAUGAAGACAAGUGCAUCACUGCCUGUUUGGAGGCCGCUCACUUAACCAUCAACUCCAUAAAUGACUAUCUACACGAUGCAGAGGUAGGCAAGCUAGCAGGUUGGUACUCGACUUACUUCCUCUUUCACGCUGCACUUGUCACCAUGAUACCCGUUCUGGGCAACAUAAAAAGCGCAUCUUUGGAGAUGUGGCGUGCAGAUAUUGACAUAGCUCGCAACAUCCUUCGGAAUAUCCUAGCCAAAAAUCCCUCGGCAAUCCAAUGCGCGGAGAUACUUGACCGCCUGGAUCAGCGUAACAACUUGGGCGAGCUGUCUACCAAUCCCGAAGUCCCAGCGCCGUGGACCACGGGCCUCUUUGCGUGGCCAACGGAGUCCGACGAAGUCUUUGAUUCGUUCUGUUGGGAUCAAAUCGGUCAGGACUUCUGA